CCGCACAACAUCGAAACGAAAUCGCAAAGCCAAAGUGCAUCAGUCAAACGCUUCAAACGUUUUUCUAUUUGCGGUGUCUAUGGUCACAAUUUUAUUUUGUAAUUUGUAUACCUCAUUGCAUUUUUGUGGAAGUGUAAAAAUAAAUACGAAAAAUGUCGCUCAGGCCGGUUCCCAUCUGCGUCAACUGUAGCCGAUCCACCGAAGUAUCCAUUUCCUGCACUACGUGCUGGCAAAUUUGCUGUGCAACCUGUUUCAAUGGUGAGUGCGACAUUGCGCAACUGUUUAAUUUGGCUGCGCAGGAGAGCGGAAGGGCCCUGCAAGAUCGAACCUGUCCGAAAUGUGUCAAUGCUACUAAAACUAGACUCGUAGUUACGCCAACAGACAAUUGCGUCGCUAUUAAAUCUGAACCCGAGGACCAACUGAGCGUCGCCGAAACCGCUCGAGUAGUCUGUCCGUUCCACAGCCGGGAUUGCAAACUUUUCUGCACAAAUUGUAACGUGACCAUUUGCGGGCUCUGCAUCGACGAAGGCCAGCCGCACGAACUGCACCACAUCGACAAUUUUUCCAUCAUCUAUCGGGAGAAGAUGUCCCAGAUGGAAUCGAAGUUGCUUCAGGCGCAAAAAUCUGUUGAAGCGCUGGGCGAGCGAACUGCGAUCUGCCAAUGGAACCUGGAACUGCUGGAGAAAGAAGAAGCGGUUGUCCUCAGAGAAAUUGACAUUGUUGCCGAAUCGUCCAAGCUAAAGGUGACCCGCCAGACGAGCAUUCGAAAAGAAAGGCUUCAAACGCAGCUUCGAUAUCCUGCUGAGAAGUUGAGAGUUAUAUCGCACACGCUGGAAAGGGUCAGAACUUUACCGGCGAAUGACUUUAUGAAGAACCUGUCGGAGUUGGAUCAACUAUGCUCGACGCUGGUGACUUCAACGCAUCCGGAUAACACUCCGCUGGAGGUGGUGGACGACAUUGAGUGUGAUUUGGUUCCGGCAUACAGAUUUGGAAGAUACACAACGACUGCUUUCUUCCAAGAGGGGAGCACUAAUCAUACAUUUUCAUUGAUCACAUCACGCGGCACUGCUUGGACCAUAAAUCUACUUAGAUCCGAUAAGGUUCAAGUGGUGCUCAGUCCAAACGACCCGGAAUUGUUAAAGUUCCCCCACAAGCUGAUCGUGAUAAUACCACAUAUGGACUCAGUUAAGGAAAUACGCGAGACAUUCGAACUAAAGCAGAACAAUACUGCAUUUGAUGUUGCACCAGUAUCUAAACUCGUUGAACUGGGAUUCAACGAUGAUUUGGUGAUCAGAAUUGGAAUUCGUCCUCUGAAUGUUGUGAUCGAAAAUCAAUUGCUGAAUUAUCAAUAUCAGCAAUUGCAGAUAAAGAAAACAAGCGUUGAUACGAGUUUGCUCGGCAAAGAACUGAAGUUGGCAGCAAUAUUGAACAAGCCUGACUACAAUCAUUUGGUUAUGCAUUACACAAUGCAUCGAAAGCAGCUGAAAAAGUACUGGGAUAAUUCUUCUUUCCAUCUCAUUGACGGCGAAGGUCGAAGCUGGUGUCUUCACUUGAGUCCGGAGAACGACAUCGGAGCCUAUGUCCAGCUGCGCAGGGGGCCCGGCACCCAUUGCACCUACUUCAUCGAAUUGAAGCACGAAGACCCUAAACAGUCUAUAAUUAUGAGGUCGUCCGUCACGUACAUAGAAACGGACGCAGAAGAAGGGUGGAACUGUUUCAUCGGAUGGAAGCAAUUAGUUUGCGAUAAAGGAUUCUUUCCGGAUGGAAUACUGCGCUUCCGUUUCGGGGUUCGUCCUCGGGAAAAUGGAUUAGUUAAAGCUUGACUUCGUAAAAGGUACCGACUUACCUUUUUUUUUAUUCUGUGAGUGAAUUCGACUACAUCGUUUAACUUUAAAUUACAUUUUUUAUUAUCGUAAAAGUUAAUGCAAUUAAUAUUAAAGCAAUUUUGUUGCUUUUUAUGUAACAAGUUCUGAGUUACAUCCAACAUUGAAUAUAUGCCUGACUUUUUUUUAAAUUUUAGAUCUCUUCGUUAAAUAAAAACAUUUACCUUAUCCAGUUAACAAA